AUGGCGCAUGUUGUCGCUCUCCUUGAAGCCCUGCAGGCCUCCUCCGCCACCAUGCUCUCCGCCCUCAAGAAGGGCCGCAAGGACGCCGGCAACCACCCACAGAGCUGGACGACGGGAGCCGCCAUUGCAGAGGCCGCCGAGCCCCUGCCCGCAGCACAGCCCGGCGCUGCCGCCACCUGCGAUGCAGUGCGCAGUGCCGCCGCCGCUGGCACGUUUGUCAAGCCCGAAUGGCUCAAGGGAGCUGGACGUGCGGCGCGCGCCCUCUUUUCCCUGUCCAACAUGACGAUGGGGAAGCUGCCCAGAUCUCUGUUAGCGUCGGCCCCCACCGUCGGCACCAAGGCCGCCAUCACUUCCAAGCCCACGCCUGAGCCCCAUAUGGCCAGUGCAAGCUCCAAGGCCAUUGGGGCCCCUAGCAGCAGCCGCUCCAAGGCGCCCACGGCCCGCUGGUCCAACAGCACCACCACUGACAUCAAGAGGUGUGCCGCGGCGGGAAACGCCGUCACGGCGCCCCUCACUGCCACCGCUGUUGCCACCAAGGCGUCUGCCCUCCGCACGGCCUUCAAGGGUCGGAUGGCGGCAGCCCUCACCAGGAAGGCCUGCCGCGGCAGCACGCCUGCCGACUCCUGCAGCGACAUCACCUCAGAGUACGCCUCCGCGUCCAGCAUCGUCCAAUCUUUCGCGUCAGUGCAGUCGUGGCCGUCGCUUGUCAACCUGGCCGACAUUGGCCGCCCCUACGCAUGCUGCUUGGACGCCGUCCCCAGUUUCAGCCAGCCCUCCGAGGACGACGCCGCAGUGCUGGUGACCGUCGUCAAAAAAACCGACCACCCCCAGCCUGUCGCGGCCAAGCCUGCAGAUGUCCCAGAUGCCCCUGGUGACAACGCAAAGAAACUCCAGCUGGCCAGUAAGAUUGCGAGCCCUCUGCUGCGCGGGGCCGCGCCCACCCCCAAGGCACCCAAGGCUCCCAGCGUGGCCAAGGCGGCCAAGCGCUGCACCGCAGGCCCCGCCGCCCCCAAGUCUGAGCUGGCCGCCGCCAUCUAUCGCCGCCAAGGCCGCAGCGGCGUUGGCGCGCAUCUCAUCGCGCCUCUGUUGUCCUGA